GAACAUUGUAUUUUGGAACAAUUCGAAAAGUCAACCAUAUGCGGUCUAAUGGACAAAUUCGAAAAACCACAAUCGUAUCUUAGUUGGACAACCGCUCAGGUCAUAUCUUGGCUUUCCGGGUUGGACGAUGCUGUCGAGCCGUAUCUGUCUGCAUUCAGUGCGAAGAAUAUAAGUGGAAAGUGGCUUAGCUCCCUGACUGCUGAUGUUUUGGACAAGUAUGGAGUUCACAAGAUUGGCCAUCAGAUGAUCAUAUUGGAGAAAGUGAAGCAACUACAAUACCAAUUUUCAUCUUUUGAUAACGAAACACUUCAGUCAGUUCUAUUGCGCGUAUCACGUUCGUGUACAUGCAUUGUUACUGCAAUAAAUUCUCUCAUGGCUAUAACUAAGAGACAAGAUGCUGAUAGUCCUUAUCCGGGGAUACUUUCAGAUAUUCAGGGAGCUGUUUCUUACAUUCUCAGUUGUAUACUGAACCUAAUGUCCUCGAUCGGUAAUGCUGCGUCCUGGCUAGAGCGGUUAGUAUGUAACACAGUAAAUAUUUUCAGCUAGACCCCCUUUUUCUCUUCUUCCCGAAAUGGUUGUAUUCCGACAAUUUCUUGUUGAGAAUGCUAUAAUUACCAAUAGGUUAUCUCAGCAGGCUAUAAGUACUCAAUGCAAUGAACAUUUUAAGGAGAUAAUCGAUUAUAUUGAACCAAUGAGAAUCCGUGUCGAAGAUGUUCUGCAAAACUGCAGUGAUUCCAUCUUACUAACUCCAUGUGGCAUCGAAAUGGUACAAAUAAGAAAACUUGACUCCGCUGAUUUUGGGUUUAAUUUUCGGUCCACGAUAAACAAUAUUCACGUAAUUGUUUCUGUUCAGGAUGAAUCCCCAGCAUUUAGUACCGGAAAAGUUACCAAAGGAGAUGAAGUAAUCGAAGUAAAUGAACAAAUAGUUAUUGGUUGGCUUCACUAUCGCGUCGCUGAUUUAAUGCGGCAUUCUUCACAGCACAUCAGUUUGCGAUUGCGAAAGCGACCCUCUCAUUCCAACGAUUUUAUUGGCUUUCCAGGAGCUGGGCGGCGUCAUCGCCUAAUAGUCAACCAGAUACCACCUGCUGGAAGCCUAUCCCAGAUGCGAGGUGCGUAUAUAUUUACCAGAAAUCCAAAACGUCGUCUGCCUCUUACAGGCCCACUUUCUACAGAACCUUUGUCUGUUACUCAAGAAACCACCUCCGAUCAAACAUCUGUUUCCUCACCUACAUCAACAUCUCCACCUGAAUCUCAAUCCAUAGUUAGUGUGUCUGGGUUGCUUUCCUCUUCUCCGACGUCUUCUUUAUCUGUGCAUCAGGGUACAUCAAUAAAAAUAAAUGAUGAUCCUUGCAAUCUAGAAAAUCGUGCUCAUAUAUCUUUUAGACCGAAUUCCAGCAAUGAAUCCAUAAUUUACAAUAACUCGAGGCUUAUUGCUAGUACACCAAAUACUCCAUUAAUGACUUUACGAUCAAUGGACUCGGUGUGUUCUCAUUCUUCGCUAUCUUUUCCACCCCACCUUCCACCUGCGCAUCCUGGUACUACAACGUUUGACAACGGAAUAAACGAUACUAGUGUGGUCUCAUCUGAUACAACAUACUCCAAAAAAUACAAGUCUGUCAAUACUUCUCAUCAUAUUCGCUCAACUUCUUGUUCUUCAAACAAAUCUGUUUUUCCUCGUUUUUCCCUAACACAUCGACGCACAGCUUCUGGUGACCCAAAACUGAUGAAUAGUAUAUCUAGUGGCGAUGGGGAAGAUACGUUAUUUCAGAAAAAACCGAGUCCUUCGUCGCUUCGUCACUGUAGUAGUUCAUCUCCUAAGUUUCAUGCUCUGGAUAAACGCUAUAGAAACCUUCAUCGUUCUAGUCUUGAUGAUUUCAUGCUUUUUUUAAAACAUGGAUUUGGAUCAAGAAAACCAACUCGUCGUAUAUCCUGCAAGGAUCUUGGACAGGGAGAUUGUCAAGGUUGGCUUUGGUUGAAGAAAACCAACCCACUUACCAGUAAAUAUGUGAAGCGAUGGUGUGUUUACAAAAACUCAACGUUCUAUUAUUACAGAAAUCCUGAAGAUGAUUCAGCUGAAGGUUUAAUUCUGUUACACGGUUUCACAAUCACUCCUGCAGUCUCAGCGAAAUCGGGAAAAUUUGCAUUCUCAAUUUUCAAUGAUUGGGUUCGCUUUGUGUUCGCUUCUGAUUCUGAAAUCGACCGAUCAAAAUGGAUGAAUAAGUUAGGCCUAGCUUCAAUCGGUUUGUCAUCUACCAUACCAAAUUCUCGUAUUGGAGGUUUCAAUCCUGGUUAUGUGGUUUUAUGUGACUCGAAAAAUAACGAAGUAAAGGCUGAAAUUCCGCAUCUACAUUCAUGCACCGUAUUAUCAGAUUCACCCACUAAAAAGUUCCAAGGCGACAACACAUCUGGACUUCGAUCUCAGACCUUAUCAACUUCCAAAACUACAGAUUUCGCAGAAAACUCCUUAACAGUGGUGACUUCCCAGCCUGUGUCAACCCCUCCAAGGCAUGCAGCACUACAUUCAGUUUCAUCACCAUCAUUUUCUACGUUUGAUUUGCGUUCGAAUUCUUUACCAUCUGAACCCCGUGCUGUCCGCUCUAUAAUUUUUCCUCGGAAUAGUGCUCUAUCACCCUCAGCUGGACAUUCAUCAUCUCCUGCUCACACUAGAAUUAGGCAUCGUCAACCACUUGAAAUCCCUUCAGUAGCAUUCAGAUGCUAUAGUGAGAGUGAAGAUGAAAUAGACGAGGAUGUUGAAGCCGAAUGUGAUGUGGAUGAAAACUGUAUCUCUGAGAGAGGCGCACAACUAAAUCUUCGAAACCGACCAGGAUCUGCAUCCCCAUCACAUGAACGAAGAUAUGUUAUUUUAAACAGUACAGAAGAAAAUGAAUGUUUACAAGAAUAUAAAAAGCUGAUUUCAUGUAAAAGUGAACUACAUGUGUCCGAUGUACAUGCUUCAAUGCCUUUAUCACGUCCAUUAAGAGCUGCGCAUAUCAUUACGAAAAAUCUCCAUUGUUCUGAUAAACUUUCAGGUGUCCAAAAGAUUGUUGGCGUAAGAAACAACGAAUCAGUCCCCGAAUGCAGCAGUAGGCGUUUUAAUAACUGACACUGAAAAGCUCAUUUUUAAGUUACCAUAAUCAUCUUUGACCAUUCGCUGUUGAAUUUAAUUAAUUUUGUCACUUAUUUUUUGAGAUUACUUGAUUUUCAUUCUGACUUUAUCUUUUGUGAAAUAUCUCAUGUUAUGUAGUU